AUGUCAGCUGAUCUAUGGGCGGCCUUUGGGGCAUCGACUCAGUCCUCAACCUCCUCUGCGUCGCAGAACACAGCUCAGGACCCCAGUGAUCCCUUCUCUCUUUUUAGUUUUGAACCUACCGUUCUACAAUCACAAGAACAGAACCUACAGCGGUCUUCAACGACGACGACUACUCCUACUCCGUCUAGUCCAUGGACCACUAGUACUGCAAGUCAGCAGCGGGCAAGUACCGGUUGGGGGGACCUAAGUGCUUUUGGCUCCCUUGGGGGUUCCGUGAUUCAGGCGCGGCCAUCUCAAGUCACUCAGCAGCAGUCGCCGACUGUGGACGAUGACGAUGAGGGCUGGGGUGAGUUUGAGGUUGCUCAGGCCAACCCUCCUCCUCCUUUUCAGCCAGCCCCUGUUGUCAACAACGACCAGGACAAGCCGCGGACACGGCCGGUGCGUGCUCCAACGAUUGAUAUGCUGACAAAUAGGCUCGUGGAUGUUAGCCUGGAGUCACCAGCAUCGGAACCCUGGCAGCAGAGGCCGUCCUGGGAAACUGAACGCCCACAGCAGCCGAAAAAGCCAGCCGUCAAUCCCGAUCCAAAUGUCUUGUUUGAUGCAGACUUCGAGAAUGGCCUCGAUGAGGACGACGACUUUGGCGAGUUUGAAACAGGGAAGCCGGCGUCUGCUUUACCAGAUAUUUCUGCACCAGCAAAGCCUUCAAUCGACCUUCUGUCGUUGGAACUGACACCAACGUCAACGCCACCCCCAGCACAACCAAAGAAACAGCCUGCAGGAUUGACCUUAUCCAAUGCUGGCUUAAACAUUCAGGCAACUCUGUCCUCAGGGGUGCCUAAAUCUCCAUAUCCAGAGGCGCCCAAGUCUCCAUAUGGCUCGUUCCAAGAACGAAAACCGGACGCUCUCAAGGAGCUCCAGGUGAAGACACCCACAGCGACUAGUUUUGCACAAAAUGCCCAGACUGCGUCACCAUCGCCUGUCACGGCAUGGCCAUCCAUCGAGAACGAUAGCUUCUGUAAAGAAUGGGAGGAGUUUAAAGACCUACCAGACCCAACCGAUAAGUCGGCUCCCUCCAAAUCGACUGCUCCUAAGUCAAAUGCAGCUUCAAAAGCAGCAGCAUCCGACUGGGAAGACUGGCAAGAGUGGACUACACCAAAGGACACAGCAACCGUCAACAAGUCUGACACUAGCGAUCUCUUCUCCUCCAAUCUCAUAUCCACCCCUUCAGUCCCCGACGACAAACCCGGCCCUCCGCCAACUAACAUCCCCCCUCCGGCCAUCCUCCUCUCCCUCUUCCCAUCCCUGCUAGACCUGACCUCCGCCCCGCUUCUCAAACCGCUCUUAACCCUCCCUCCCUCUUCCCCAACCUACCGAGCCGUCGUCUCCUCCCCCAAAACUCUCACCUUCCUCCGGGGGUACCUCGCCCUUGCUACUGUCGCAGCACGCAUCAUGGCAGGCCGCAAGCUGCGCUGGCACCGCGACAAGUUCCUCGCGCAGGGCAUGUCCAUCUCAGCCGCAACCGGCGCGUCCCGCGGCGGCAGGGGCAUGAAGCUCGCGGGGCUGGACAAAUCGCAGGUGGCGAGGGAGGACGGCGAGACGGCUGAGGUGCUGGCCGUAUGGAAGGACAAGGUGGUAGGUCGGCUGAGGGGUGUCGUGGCGGCUGUGAACGCUGCGCAGAAGCUGGGUGCUGAGACCGGGGAACGCCCGCUGCGGGUGCCGGAGAUGGGAGGGGGAGGGGUGAAUGGUUUUGUGGUGAGUACUGCGAAGGGGGUGCCCACGGCGCCGAAGCCUUGUGUGGUGUGCGGGCUGAGGAGGGAUGAGAGGGUUGCAAAGGUAGAUGUGGACGUGGAAGAUUUGUUUGGGGAAUGGUGGGUUGAAUUUUGGGGUCAUCGGGAGUGUAGGAAUUUCUGGUUAGAGCACGAGAAGGAGUUGAGGUCACGAUAG